AUGGGGUCUCCUACCACAGCGUCUGUUCCAAAUGCAGCCGGCUCUGGUCGUAACGCAGGGUUUAACCCCGACGUUCACACAGGGAACCACGUACCCUCCACCUCUCAGAGUAUUCAUCAGCAGGGCGCUGGUCCCUCGCUUCUCACAGCUCAGAUCAUGCAGCCUGCUCGUGCCGUUUCAGCCCAGGAGCAGUUUAUGCAAUCUGCCGCCCCCAGCUACAACUACCUCUAUAGUCAAUUCACCCAGGCGCAGCGAGCGUCCGCUAGUGCUAUUAUCAGGUACAUGAUGAAUAGCCCAAAGACGGCUAUUCCUUGCACCUAUAUCACCGCGGAGCUCGCAGAGAUCAAGGGCACUCGUGGACGCUGCCUGAUUGGCCCAUGCGCCGCAGAAGACAAGAUGAAGCGGGUUGAUCAUUUAUAUGAUCAUAUCCGCGACAAGCACUUUGAGUCCCGCCCGUAUGCCUGCAACUUUUGGGAGCAUGACCUCAAAAGACAUUCCCUAAUUCAUGACGAAAAGUCUAUGGAGUGUCAGAUGUGCUCAAAGUCGUACAUCCGCUUCGACAAUCUCCAGAGGCACAUGCAGCAGAAGCAUGGCAAAUCGAUGCUUUCGUCCAAAUUAUCCCUGUAA